GUCAAAAGAUAUAUUUGUAUUCUAUGAUUUAGAGUAUUACAAUUAUGAUCGUGUGACCACAGUCGUAUAAGACCGUUUAUAUUUUAUAUGACUAUAAUUGCAACAUUCGAAUACUUCUUCAUUUGCGCACGCGCGCAGGAAGUUUAGUAAUAACAGGUACACUUUCCCUAGGGGAAAGAUAUCUUUCCUCUGGAACAUUUCGGGAAUUUGCGUUUUAUUAACUACUAGAGUAUACAUAAUGUAAAAACUUAAUAAACUUGAAUUAAAAAUAUCGUACAUUCGUGCGCGGUAUUUAAUGUUCUUAUUUAACACACUUGACUAUAGUAUCAUAUGUGGUUAUAUACGCAUAUGUAACGUAUAUAUAUAAUAACUAUAUAACCAUAGUUCCAUCUAUAUUCUGUUCGUGUUCUGUUCUCUCAUAGUACUGUCGUUAAUGUGCAUUGUGAGUUUGUGAGAUGCUAGCCAGCUACGUUUAAAGAAAGCAUAGGUUGGUGUGGGUGUGCAACUGCUGGAAGGCAGCCGCACAAGUGAAAGGGUGAUGGCAAGGAGGAGUGGUGAUUUUCAGUGAUCUUUAACAAAUGGCUCUGUCCGAAGUGCACAAUUUGGCUGCAAUUAUCAGCAACAAUGGUUUUACUGUUAGCAAGAAUAAUGUGGUUGACCGCAAUAUCAACAUGUUGGAACCACGAAACAGUUAUCCAGCUGACAGAUGUAAUACAGAAUAUAAUUAUUGGAACUACGACUUAAUGGAAUGUAAUACACAAAAAAAUAUGAAUGUAGAAGAUGAAGAUAGUCAGGAUUUAAACAAUCCUAUGGUCAAUGAUUUAGUGUCAAAAAUUCUUGAUGAUGAUUCAAUUGUUGGUGACAACGCUCACAAUAUUAGUUAUAAUGGCAAUAUUCAAUAUUAUUCAGAUACUCAAUCCUGUAUUAUGGAAAAUAGUACAGAUCCUAAUUUUACUAUGGAUCGUUUCAACAUGCAUUCAACAUUUAAUAAAUUGCAGAAUAAUGUUUCUAAUAAUGUUAAACCUGAAUGUAAUUAUAACAAUCUCUGUGGAGAACUCAAAACAUUGAGUCUCAAUACAUGUGUAGGACAAGUAUCAGAUCAAGGAAAUUUAUAUAACAAUGGGAUUGGUGCAUAUCCUAAUACGUAUCCUUCUGAUUCACAAUCGUAUGUAUUACGUCCAAAUAGUGAAAAUUGCUGUGUUAGUGGAAAUACUAUGCCUUUAUGCAAUGAUUUAUUAACAACUACAAAUGAGACAAACACAAGUAAACAGUCUAACUGGACAGAAAAUUUAUCAACACCAGGAUGCACAUCAGAUCUAUUUGGAAAUUAUCAGCGAAUACAAAAUUGCACAAACCCAGAUCUUAAUUUGAACAUGGCUCUAACAUUGGCACUAGAUUCACCUGAUCCAAUUACUCUGAAUGAAUUGGAAUAUCAUAAUAAUAUUGGACAGAAUGGAACUGCUAAUACAUAUAAUAAUCCAACACCUUCUAUGCAUGAAUUAUACAGCAUGACUGCCAAUAAUCAAAGUUAUAGACCAAGUUCAGCAAUGACUGAUUUGAGUAUUGAUUCUGGCUUUCUUUCAAAUUCUCCAUUACAACAUUUUUCUCCGGCUGAUACAAAUUUGCAUAAUUGUUUUGGGAAUAAUAUACAACGGAGUAAUGCUAAUGAUUAUAAGGAUUUACAUGACUCAAGUAGAUUAAGCAUGGCAAAUAUCUCCAUACCAAAUGAGCAACUUCAAUUUUUGCAACAACAAGCUCGUAGCUACAAGUUAAAUCAAGCUGUGGACCAAGAAUUUAAACAACUAAUCGACUAUUAUCCAAGUGUAAGCGACUUCACCACAUCAUCGAUUAAUAAUUUAGACACAAACGAAAAUUGUCUUACUAAUAAUGAUUAUAGAAUUGAUAAUAAUUUACUGAAAAUUAUCAGUCCAAAAUCAAAGACUAUUGAAUCUAAGACAUAUUCACCAAUUGGAUUUCCAAAAAAUCUAAGUUCGCGUAACACCCACCAGUCAAUUGCAAAAUAUGGAUAUCACAAUUAUCAACAUUACACUGCCAAUAACGGCGAGACUUUAAAAAUGUUACCACAAAGUUCCACAUCUUAUCAGGACUUGAAGCAGCCUAAUAGUACUAAUACCUAUAAGAUGGAAGGAUUUGAUCUUACCAAAGAUAUAGCUUUUCCUUCAGUAAGUCAUCUGACUAAUCAAAUCGCAGGGUCUUCAGUGAACAAAGAUACUUUUAAUUAUCUCAUGAAACAACGACAUCACAUGCCAAGAAUACAAAAUAGUCCUGGUAUUCCAUCUGCUGAUGUCCUCUUUAAUUCAGGAAUAGUACCAAAUCCUGGUACAGUAAGAUCUGGAGUAUUCCCACCAGUAAUGCCAGUUCCUGUACCACUUCCAGUUCCACGUCUAUUUUCUGUACUCUAUGGUGGAGGCCUGAGCCUUAGAAAUGGAAGUGGAGCAGCUAGACGUACAGCACCUUCAAGCAUAUUGCACUUCAGACUAGAGCAAACUUACGAACAAUUUAAACAAUUAGAGAAAGAACGAAAGAAAUGUGAAGCUGGGUUAGCUGCUCAUUUUCCUGGCAAGAGAGUGACAAGUGCAAAUAAUAUACCUAUUCCUCGCCUUCAAGGAAAUCCAUCACGUGUCGAUCGUUUAAUCAUUGAUUAUUUGAGGGAGCAUGCACGCGUCAUAACUUUGAUUGCAAAGAUGGAACGUUUGCGUGGGACCACGAUGAAUCAACGCGUGCAUAAAGCUAUGGAGUAUUGGUUAGAAGCAAUAAAAUUUGUCCAAGAAUGUCGUAAACGAGAAAUCGCAAAUGCUACUAAACGCCAGAAAGAGAACCCACCGUGCAUUCUUGUAUACAACGAUAAUGAUAUAUUAACAUUGGCAGCCAGUGUCUACGAAUUGACGAAGGCAUCUCGAUAUGCAAGAACUGGUAUGUAUAACGCAUUACAAGCUACAUUAUUAUAUGAUUUGGAUAUAGAAAAGAAAGUCGUGGAAACUUCUAAAGAUCCAGUUCUUGUGAUAAAACGUAAUGAAAGUCAGAUAGCAGGUGACGUUGGCGAUUAUUCAAACUGUACCUAGCAAGAUUUUGAAAGCCGCUUUUCCAUUUUGUGCGACAAAACAUAGAUCCAGUCCAGCAGCUUUUUACUUACGUAUUCUGCGUUACGUUAAUGAAAAGCUUUUGCUGGCGUUUAUCAUAAUUUUAUCGCUGAGACAAAAAAAUGCCGCCCACUAAUUGCGAAGUUUUCAAAGCAUCAUACGGAAAAGUACGCGUACUUGCGUCGAAAUAGGAAAAUCGUAUGCGUGUCUACUUUUUACAAGUUAAUAUUAUAGGAACUCCAUAGUUUUCUACUGUACAUAUUUUUAUCCUACAGUCUUGAGAGUGUCAGUUCUCGGUAUACAAUACUUGUGAUCCAGUUAUCUAUCGUACAUAUGUCGCACUUUCAAGUGAUUUUGCUUGUUCUUUGCUAAUGUACUAAUGAAAAGAAAACUUACGAACGUCGAUAUUUUUAUCUUUGGGUAUGUUGUCUUGCGUAUUUCACAUUGCCAAAGAUAAUCAUUUCAAAUUUAUUGAGGAUCCGAUACUCGUAGAAAGGAAAAACGGAGAACAAGAUUGCUCAGACGUACUAAAAGAAAUAUAAAAAAAGAAAAAAAGAAAAAGAGAAAAAAGGAACGUUCGCCAGAAUCUCCGACUAUUACUCGUUUGCGUAUGUGUCAUAGGCUAGAUAAUAUAGGCUAAAUUUUAUCAAUAUAUUUGUUCAGAGUGCUAGGCAGUAAUUUCUUAGACUAGUUCAAUGUGGCCUUCCUUAAAUGUGUGACCCAAGAUGUAUAUCAGGUAGUCAAAAUACAUCUCGAAAACUUCGAAUAUUUCGAAAAAUUGAAGAUGCGAUGCGGCAAUUUAAAUUUCAGAUCGGGUGAGCUUUUCUCAAUCUGUGAAAUAUGUGUAGCCUUUGAUCUGAUUCGGUAUAUAGAUAUAUAUAUAUAAUAGAUAUAUAUACAACGCAAAUGAUGUCCAUUAUACUACACAUAAAUCUUUGUUAAAAGAGAGGACUUUUCUAACGCAUACUCGCUACACGCAUACACAAAAGCGUGCUCUGGCGUAACAUUUACGCACAGCACAUAGUCACAGUUACGUGUAAAAUAAAAUACAAAAUAUUCGUGUAUAUAAUUACACACAUAUACGUGGGAUAUUAUAUAUGUACGUAUACCUAUACGUAUACAUGUCUAUGUGUGUACGUGCACAUACCUAUGUGCAAGUAUACGUACAACUUGUAUAAGGUAUAUAGAAAAUUUUUAACGUGCAUACGUGAGACACAAAACUAUUCCUACAUACUUACUACAUGUACGUUCUAGGCAAGUUAAUUAGCUCUAUAACGGCCGACUUGCAAAGUUCAGCAUUUCCUCUACUCAAUAUUGAGUAAUCUCUUUCAUACUGAUGAUUUGUCAAGCUCAGGAUAUUUUAACGUUCCAACGUGCGUAUGUACAAUUUCGUACGAAUUCGUUUUAUUAUAAUUUAAGCCGCGAUAUAAUCGCGCAAGUUCGAGCUCCACGAAAGCAUCGAACGUCGUUCCGUUCUACGUUCUUGAGAUGCUUGAACGACGAUUAUUUCCGUAUUCCUAUGAAAUUAUAAAACAGGUAUUCGCACAACGACGAGCAAGAGUACUCCGUAUUAGAAAAAAAAAGGGGGGGAAAAAAGAAAAUGUGAAUCUAUAUAGUGUCCAACACGUAGAGAUGACAGUAUGACGAGAUAACGAAACUUAGGUGCAACAUUUUUGCUGUCUGAAGGUCUAACUUUCUUAAUAUCUAAGCUGUAUCAAUCGGCCUGUAUUGUGAUUAGAAAUACUCAUAAAAUCGGUUGUUGGUUAUCGAAUAUCGGUGAAGCUUUAAUAUAAUCAUCUCUGUACAUAUGUCCGUUAACUCCCAUUUAAGCUGCAUUGUGUACGUAGUGAUUCCCAAUGAUAAAAGGGGGAGAAAAACGGUGUGUUGGAUUAAUUUCUCCGGUACUUCUAUAUCAAUCUUAGGCAGGAGAGACAUUAGUAGCGAAGUAUUUAAUUUAGUUUCUAGCGAUAGUUGUUGUUAUGGAUACAAUUUUCUGGCUGUCUUUGUUGCCGAUCACAUUAACGAAAUAACGUUUCAGAUUUUCGACUACAUUGUUCCUCUAUAUUGGCGCGUUUCGCAAAAUUCUUGAAGCUUUACAAAAAGAUUUUAUAUCGGUAUCGUAUUUCUCCUUUGCUCGAGACCACUCGCGUAUCGACUGAUAAUUUUAUCAAUUAUAUCUAUUUAUUUUUACAACUUGAAAGAUACAAAUUUGAAUUUCACCGAUGGAAACGUGAUUUUUAAAGAAUGACUAUUAUGUAACGUGAAACUGAGUUUCUUGAUUGUUUUAGCCACUUGGACGAACGCGUUUUCAUACGGGUCGGUAUCGAGGAAGCAGAAAUAAAGUUUAUUGACUUUACACGUAGACACAAAGUUUCAAACGAUAUAAUUACAUGGUGAAUUAUUAAAAGGAAGAUAUAGGAGGCGUCGCGUCUUCGAACUUACUGUACUGAAAUGAAAGCAAUCGCUCGGCUGCAAAGACAAGCUUUUAACGGAGAAGGGCCCGGUACUAUCCAGUCUUGCGAAAGGUGCAAGAUAUACAUACAGACUGUUAACUCGCUUUUACAUAGCGCUUACACAUAAUCAUUGGGGACCAUGUCGAGCAUCGUCUCCACGUAUAUCAGCAUAUCUGUGAACCUCAUUUUUCAUUAACACGAAGGGACAUUUGCAUUUCUUCGCAACUUCGUUGUUUGUCUUUCCUUCUUCUUUGUUUCUUUCCUUCUUUCUCUUUUCCUCUUUUCUUCCUCACUUAUUCGUUUCAUCUAAUUUCAGGAGUGGACAGUACGUGAACUUAAAACCCAUUACCUUUACGUUGAUGCUCUUUCGUUUACGUUUCACUUUGUCCCCUGCUCUUUUCUUCCCUUCUCUGAAAACGACGAAGGCAACGAAGGAGAGACGCGUGUGGUCUGGAAGAGAGUCACACGGCGACGUUCGCUCUCUUCUUUUUUCUUUUCCAUUUCAAUAAUCAAACGGGACAAACGAUGAAACACGUGUCCGGGGACGUGUCGAAAGUAUAGUCUUAGCGAAAAUUUAAUGGGAACGUAAGAAAGAAAAAAGAAAAAAAUACGAAAAAUAUAUGUCUUUGUUAGGGUAAGGUAGAUUGCCGAAUGGCUCAUUAAAAAAAGGAGUUGGUACAAUGAAAAAGGAAAAAGAUUACUUUUGCUUGCGUUAUGUACAUCCAAGAACGUGAUAAAGGGAAACGAGUUUUUAUAGCUCUGUUUAGGCUGAAGAAGAAAGCAAGCAGUGCUUUACAGAAUUUCCUUCCGCAUUUGUCAACGUGUUUAUAUUGUAACUGUGAUAUAUAUAAUGCCAAUUUGUACAUAACUUAACGCCGAGGAACUUACUCUCGCGGUAAGAACACGAUGAACGCAGUCAAAUCUUGUUACUUUCUUCUUCUUUAACGUCGACGUUUCUUUCCUGUUCUCGACAUUUUCGCUUCAGCCAGUUGCUUUUACCGCUGUUCUACGCUAUAACUUGGAAUGUGAUAUCGAUAGAUAAAUAUACACGUCCAAUUAUAACUGUGAGGUAUCGGCUAGAAACAUUCUCUUCGAAAAAUUUUGAAACCAUCGAGAUAUACGUUGGCGAUAUUCGCGCUCAUAUCGCGAAUCGUUUUUUAAUAAAUGUUUCAUUUAACAUUUAACCCAUGGUACUUAGCCAGAACAAUUGCCAAUAUCGUGCAAUCAUCCGAAUUAUCUAUGCUAGUACACUCGAUCUCUUCAAAGGCUUCUUGUAGCUUUCGUGAAUAAAGUGUCGCGAUAUAAUUUUUCUCGCUAUUUCUUCUAGUCUAAAAAACGUUAUGUGAUAACCCAUUUUCUUUUUUUUUUUUUUUAAAUAUUCAUGUUCGACUUCGGUUUGCAUUUUAUCAACGUUUCAAUUUAUCAAUAAGUAAGACAGUAAAAUGUCCAUUAUCUGAACUAAGUACAGGAGACAAAAGCGUUUGGAAAAAUAAAUAUUCACAUAAUAAUCAGUAUUUAGCAUAUCGGUUUGCGUACUAUCGUUAAGACGAGGUUGUAAUUUAUAUAUUCGGUAUAAUAUGAAAAUUUAUCGGUAUUAUUCAAUUCUAAAUGUUUCAGACAAAAUGAAAAAAUAUGAAACUUAUGAAUCUUAAACGUCUAUUUGGUUCAACGUACAUAAAUUUUCUAUCGAAAAUAUGAAUACCGUGGCACGUAAUUGAUUUAAAAUAUUUUGAACGAUAACUUCGAAUAUUCGUAAGAGAAUGUUUAGACAAAGGAAAUUCUACUGUGCACGGUCCAUUAUCUUUUGCCAUUUCUAUCGCGAUAUCUAUCCUAAUUUCCAAUACGCAUACGUAAUUCAUAGGAAGCUGUUAACGUAAAAGGAUAAUAAUACGAUAUGAAUAAUGAUUAUGUUAUUUUUCACGUUGAUCAGCAUACUGCAUUGUUCGUCGCGGAAACAUUGGAAUCUCGUUAAUCGUAACACAGAGAAGCGGAUGCUUUUUAUCAAAAUUCUGUAAAAUUAUAGGAAAUAUCUUUUGCCAGCUGCAACUUCUUCAAACGUUGCGGAUGAAUUUCACUUGCAUAGAAAAAGGAGAAUAGAAGAGAUCACUUAAGAAAGAGUAGCGCCAUUUGCAUUCGUCCAGCUUCUUCUAUGCGUGUACAACUUCUGUUUUCUUCUUCCUGUUGGAAAAGAACACGAAUGAAGCUUUCUCUCGCGUGAAGUUACAUAUUAUAUAUAUAUACAUAUUAUAUGUGCAUGCGCACGUAUUCAGUGAUUACCUCGUAUCGUAUUUACCUUACGCAGCAUCAUUAAGAAUAGGAACACUAUCUGUACAGAUACGUGUUUGACAAUCCUAUUUAAAUUUGCAUGUGAUAUUAUAAACUACCUAUAAUAGCUAAAUAUAUAUGUAUCCAGCGCGUGUACAUGUACUGGUACAGGUUGUUUCACUGAUAUCGCUAAUGAUACUUUUCUUUCAAAUGAACCUUUUUGUUCCAUUGAACUUUCGACCGUAAACGUCCGAGUUGCUUCUAAUUGAAAUAGUCGGUGAAAUUUCGGUUUCGGAGAAAAUGAUUGAAUUUUUAUAAAUCGAGAUUAUUUCCGAUUCGGACAAUCAGUUUGUGUGUUGAAAUUAACACGCGUUAUAAUCAAUAAAUAAAAAGAAAUCGCAUGAAAAAGCAGGUUUUAUCGGAUUAGUUGCAUACUGGUACAAGUAUGUCUGAUAAUAUACUGUCUGUUUCUCCUUGCUACCUGAUCUCUUGCCAGUCUUCUCUUACAUUAGGUCUUCUCGCGCUGCUAUAUUUUGCAGUUUUGUACAUACUUGUACUUUACCUAACGUUGAUAUUAUUUACCGAAUAAUUCGAUGUGUCGUAAAAGCUAAAAUUACGUUCUAAGUAAUAAAAGGUAUGCGUGUGUAUGCGUGUAUGUGCGUGCGUGUAAAAUUAGCGAAACAUCCUGUACAUUCCGUAUAUGUACGUUCACAUGCUCGUGUAUGUGAGUAUACAACUAAUUUUGCGAACGCUCACGAGGCAACAAGGAGUUACAUAGGAAAAGUCUUAAUCGUCCAUACAGAGAUGUAUAUAAAGCAGACAAAGUAAUAACGAAGAGAAGUAGACAAGAAACCGACCAAUGUUUAACUCACGAGACUCUCAAGACGUUAAGUGGGUAUUCAUAAGACUCAACUAUUUCUUUGCCGAUAGAUACAUAGGAUGUUAAUCGCGAAAUCGUUCCGCUUAUAUUGCGAUAAUAUUCGCCCAAAAUUCCGAAUGAUAAUUAGGAUCAGUACAGGGUCCGGAUAAUUCAUUUUCAAUCGUAUAAGUAAUCGCUAUACGAAUUAACUUAGCGCGCAACACUAGACAGUGUUUAAUUUCGUUUAUUACGUAUUUUGUACGACUGAUAUCGAGGUCAGUAUCGAUUUUUGUGUUCAAUUUUUUUCUUUUUUCUUUCUUUCAAACGUACAAUUCAAUUUUAUAAAUCGUUAGUGUUUUAUAAUUUGACGUGAUUCGUCUUCGAUCGUCUAAUUUCGAGAUACACUCCGAAAACGCGUGUUCUACGAUCCUUCUUAUCUUAGUAUUCCUCGUUUGAUUAGAAUUUCGAAAUAGAACAGGCAAUAUUAAAUAUCGUUGUCACCUUGGAUUUUCAAUUUUCUAAUGUACAAUUUUCACUUAUCGAAUUUACGAUUGCAUUUCCCUUUUCCUUCAAGCUUAUUCCAUACGCUUACGUUAAUCUCGAAUAGUAUUCAUUUCAUUCAUUGCUGACGUUUAAACAAAAAGCUGUCGAACAACUAGCCAUUUUUCCUUUGAAAUUGUUUUCACUGCCAAAAUUGCUUUGAUUUCUUUGUGAUUAUUUUUCUAUUGUAAGAAAGAUACUAGUACAGUCAUGUUCACGCAUUUUUGCAUCUAGAAUUCUUUGACAUAUUUUUGGCUAUAAUAACUUAUUUGUAAAAAUCUAAAACGCUGGAAAAAAUUCCGAAUUCAUGCCUUUCUGUCAGUUUGCAAUUAUUCUUUCGCAAUUGCUCUGAUUUUAGUUUGUUGCAAAUCUAUCUUCGGGAAUAGAUUUCUAUUCCUGAGAUCUCGAAUAACGUAACUCUCGUAAACCGGAAUUAUUUCACCUCGGAUUGCCUAUCGUUUUCUUAAAUCUGACACGUGCUACACUGUGACCAUGGCACAAAACGUAUAUCGACGAGAUCAAUAAGCAGCACACGCCAAAAUUGGUGUGUCGCUGUUUUCAUAUAUUUCCCGAGGCAAAUAGCAAACUUGUUAAUCUGAUAUUUAUGUAUUUUACAACACUCGUUUCCUUCCUAUUCUUUACUUAUACCUUACUGUACAUAUACUUCUACUCUUUAUCCUAAUACUGUAAAAUAACUUUCAAGUGUUCAAGCAUCUCGUUAAUUUGCGUACUUCGUUAGACACGGAACAUUAUUGGGUAAUUUUAUAAGAAUUUCUAGCUACGUUUUUUAAUAGGAUAAAUAUAUUAAGUUUAAUAGAUAUUAUAAACGAUAUUAAAUACUGUCUCGAGCUGAUAUUUUUAUUUUCAAGCGUGUAGAUUUUUAUUUCAAAGUAGCCAGAGUCAGUUGGUCCAGGUCAUUCCAAUUGGCGAGUGUCAAUUACUUUGCACUUGUUAGUCUUCGUUUCGUUCUCGAUUCGUUGUAGCAUUCGUCAGUGCACGAAUUGCCUGAACGUUAACUCUUACCCACGUUUAUUCUAUGAAUAUCACGGUGUUUAGUUCCACGUGAAAUUGAAUUAAGUUCCCAUAUAAUUCGAUUAAAAUAGUUCGAUAUAUAGUCAAUAAAGGUGUCGCGGUUAUCGAUCGCUGAGCAAUUUACACCAUUGAUUAAUAAUACGAUAGUAAUCGACCAAUAGAACAAUUUCGCCAUGGAAAACAUUUAACUGUUUGGCACUAAUGGAAACGCGAUGCGUUCAAAACUACCCAUUUCUACAAAGUGAACAUGUAUGCCUAAGAUAUACACACACCUACGUAACGUGGAUGAAUUAUGGGUGUUUGCCCAUUUAAAAGGCAAUAUUUUUCUUGGAACGAUCCUCGAUCGUAUAUAGACGGAAUGCUAUUGAUAGUAUUUGUACGAUAGUUAACGAUUUUUAUCGCGUACCUUCGAACGCCAGUACAGCUUCAGAGGAACUUUAAAGAUGGUGCAAAGAAUCGUAUUUACGUAAUAUAAUUACCGUGACAACAGUUUCGUUUUUCCAUGUAAUCUUCGACAAUGUAUACGCUUUAACGAUCGUGUAAAAUUUAGCUUGAUCGUAAUCUGUAAUUUUCUGUCUCUAUGACGAGUGUGCGUUACAUAGCAGAUUCGAUUUUCUUUUACUACGAUUUUUCCAAUCAAAUUAUUUCCACACGAUUGAUAAAGUAUUAAAAUGUACGAGGAAAACUAUCGAGCUUUUGAAAACGUAUUAAAAGCUAUCUAAAAUCUCCAAAUUUUAUCAUCAGCACGUCGAAUAGACAAUUAUUCUUCGUAACCGGGAUCGUUGUUAAUGAUACAUUAACGACUCAUUGGUAUUUCUAGUACUCACGACUCAUUAGUAUUAGCUUCUGUAAUAAAGUCAACAUCCUCAAGAAUGUCUGCAAUAUCUUGCAUACUUAUAUUUUCUGUUUUAUCCCGUUACUCGUUAGAGCGAUCGGUAUGAUCUUUCGGUUUUCUGGUUCUACUGGCGCUCAUGAUUUUCAUGUAGAAACUGUAUUACGAAACACAAAUAUCUAAAGUAAGAAUGAUCGUAUUAAAUUAAGAAAGAGAUUUCUAAAUCGUAUUAUACACACUACCGUCACGUCAGCGGAGAGGGGAUGGCGAUUUCGCAAGUUGAGGAUUGUCGUUAUAGGUAACGAAGCUUCAGUUAGAUCCGAGUUACUUAAUUUCGGAAUAUUUCGUUUUAAUUUGCAUUCUAUGUCUCGCGCGAUAAAUACGAUCGUCGGUCGUGUUCGUCGUCUUUUUAUCUCGUAAAUUAAAAUAAUACCUUGAAAAUUAAGUAAAGUAAAUCGAUGGAAACUCUUGUGGACCUCACAAAUCCCAAUGAUUCCAAUCAAGAGUUAAAUUAAAAAUCUGUAAAAUAUGGAAACAAGGGAAGGGAUAACGACAAGUAUAUAAUAACAAGUUCAAUAUGCAAUAAGUGUACGUUCAAAGGAAAAGAUACUAAUAUAGAGAAAAAAAAAAAGAAAUUGUACGUAGGUAACAUAGUAUUGGAGGAUGUAUUGUUCGUGUUAGAAUGACUAGCUCUGUCGAAGCCUCUGUAUUUAAUAUCGGUGUGACUUUACCUUUCUUUGGCACCCGAUAAAGAAAGAGGCGGUUCUGCUACAGCUUAGAAAGUUUCUAAUAUUAGGUGUGACAAACUAGCGAUAGGUAUUUUAUUUGUUUCCGCCUAGAAGCUUCCUAAGAGCUUGACUCGACAAGUUCGAGGUGCUGGAACUUUCAAAUAUUCUUGAAAGCCGCGAAUUUAGUGGAUUCGAAAAUUAACUUCGCUCUCGACGACAUCGUUUGAGAGACUUUGAGAGGACGACGCGUCCCUUUCCUUGCAACUUUUUUUGUAGUUUUUAUUAUUACACGUAGAUAAACAUAGAGGCCUAUCGCGUGUGCAACUUGUUUCGAAAUUAUUGGUAUAGAUUGCCAAUAUAAGGCAAUAUACCUUUCGAGAAAGGUUGCUAUGGAGAGCGAGUAAAAAGUAUUUAUUUCUUAUUUAUAGGUAUGUCGUUAACGCGUAUCUAUUUCUCUCUCUACCUUCCUUUACCAUCUUUCGUCAUUUAUAAAAACGUGGUCGAAAUUGAAUACUUAAUAUACUGUUUUUUAAAUUAUAUAAUCGAACAAAUAUUUUAUCGAGAUAAAUAAAUCUUUGGAAAUAACGACGAUUGUAUUGUGCAUUAUAUAACAAUACAUCGAUAAUUACAUUAUGCGAUAAUGUAAUUCAAGGUAAAUAAACCGGUGGGAAGAUUAAGUUGAUCUAUGAACCUAUUGACGUUGAAAAAUCUUUUUACGUAAACCUUUUUACACAGUCGGUCAAUCUGUACUUAUAAUUCGAAGCCUCGGUGCAAACUUCUAGUGUAUUUGUGCUUUUGCUACUAUCUUCCUAUCCGUCAGUCGGUAACUUAGUAAUAAUUUAGUAAUAAUAACGUUAAGUCAUUGUUUGGCGGCUAGCGACUCAGAAACGUUUUUAUCGAAUGUUUGUACGAUUUGUACGAUUGAUUCCAUUCGAAACUUACACUCGAUCGUAUCGAACUCUCGAGAUCUGAAACUACAUGUCUCACGCGUUCAUCCACUCGAAUAAACAACUUCUCUAGUGCAGUAAUUGAAGCACAUGUAUAUGUAUAAAAAAAAACAUUAUCUUAUCUCGGAGAUCGAUAAAAUAUUCAGUUGGAAAAUCGACUAAUCCACGGUGUUAGCAAUUUCGUACUUUUCGAAUCAACGAUUGUAAAUCGUUCUAUCAGAAGAUAUCGAUGAGCUCUCAUAACCUCGUGUACAACAAUCGAAUAGAAUUACUCGAUCGAUGAAAUAUCGAACGUCGUGUUAUCGAUGUGAAAAAUAGAUAGACUCGAGAAGCAAACGCCGAGAACUUACGUAUGAGUAUUUCUGAUACUAUGAGAAGUCAAGGACCGUAGGGAACACAUAUAAUCACAAAGAUACAGAGAGAAUCUGUAAUUCCUGAUUAGGAAAGAAGGUAGUAAAGUUUAGUUACUUCGAUGUUAGCGAUAGUUCGCAAAGAUUCGAAAGAGAUAAUAGUCGAGUAGAGUUGUGAACGAGAAGACGAAGUCGAUAAUUAGUAACGAUUAGUAAACGAUUAAUAGAUAAAUAACAUAUUACACGUACAUAUGCAUAUACAUAUAUGUGGACAUUUACGUGAGUAAUUCGUAGUAAAACGUCGGAAACGGACGAUUAGAUAAAUUAGAUGAUAUUUGUACGCGUGUACAAGGAAAGGAAAAUUUGUGAAAUUCGAAAUAGCCGGUGAACACGGCGUUUAGGGAAAUUUCGCUGUUAGGAGACGGACAAAUCUUAGAUAUCGUUUAAUAUUCGAUGUCAAACCUCUGGCGAGAUUCGCUACUUUGCCGCUGAUACUCGAGUCACUGUUUGCUCGUUGAUGCAUCUAUUAUCGAGAACUCUUUGGAGAUUAUCGACGCUGACGAGCAACGAUGAGUUAGUUCAAAUUCUUAGUAUAAUUCUCCGCUAAUCCUAGACGCGUAUACUAUAAUUUUUUAUUCGUGCAAUACGCGUCGAUGGGAGUGGUGCGUUUAAUUGUAAAUAAUCGGAGCGAUCUUUUUUCGACGUUUCUCUCGUUCGAGAGAACGUUAAAAAAAUGAAAUUACGCGACAAUUAUACGCGUUUCGUCAACGAUCCUUCCUCGUUUCUUUUUCGUUUGUCUCUUUGAUUUUAUCGCCUGUGGUAUUCUUUUUUUUUUGUUUUUUUUGUUUUCUCUUUUACUUUUUACUUUUUUUUAUAUAUAUAUAUAUAUAUCGACUUAGCUUAAGGAUUUCAUAUUUACGAUAAUUCAUAGAAUAAUUCCUUGAUAGGAUAUCGUGUUAUUGUCGAUCAAAGAAACACGUUAAAACUGAAAUAUUUUCCUUCGUUUUCGUUGCUUAACAACAAUGAACAAAACGGAAAUACACGUUUCGCAUCUUACCGAUGUUUCAAACGCAUUUUGCCAAAGUUUUAUUCCUGCUUUCCUUCGUUAAUCGAUUUAGCUAAUUUACUGUAUUUAAUCGGUAUAGGUAAUUAUAUUAGAAAAGUUAUAUUUAUUUUCCUUUCGAUUAUACCAGUGAUGAUUGUUUGAACGUUGUUUGCGCACCGUAACACGUCACAUAUCGAUGAUUGAUGACGAGUGUCAGCGUUGUCUUGCCAGUAGGUUGAUGAUUAACGUAAUUCUACUUGUUUCGCGUUGAACGAAAAAAAAAAAAAGAAAAAAAGAAAAAAAGAAAAACAGAAGAAAAAGGAAGGAAACAAGUAAAACGCAAUCGUUGAGAAUCAUUCGUGUCGUUAAAAGGAGAUAUCACAACUAUUGAUAGAUUUAAUGCAAAUGGAUAAUUAUAUAUCUUCUUGUCUAUGGGGUCGGGGCUAAACGAUAAAUGGAAGACGAUUCAGAAAAUUCGUUUCUUUCUUCCGUUGAACGUAUUGCAAAGGAACAUUGUCCGCGUAGUAACACUAGAAAGUUUUCUAGCUUAAUAAUGCUUUCGCGUAAGCGACGAUAAUAUUCUAUUCCAACGCGUUCGACGUUAUUAGCCGAAGAAACGAAUUUUUCAAUUUCACGUUUUCUCUUCGCUUUCGAGCUACUAUCGCGAGAUACUAGCUUUAUAUGAUGUAUAUGUAUAUAUGAUGGACAAACAGAGAAAAAGAAAAAAAAUGGACACAAUCGUAUGCAAAAUUGCAUAAGUGGUAAGAGCAGUGAAGGAUUGUCGCUUUCGCCGCUAAUAUCUAAACUAUGGAUCGCUGCUACGGAUCCUCAAUCAAAUUCAGCGAUCGAAUGUCGCAAUCAUCGGUACGCUUCAGUGUCCAGGAAAAUGAAAAAACGAGGGGGGAGUGGGGGGAUGAAAAAAAACGAAAAAAAAAAAAAGAGAAGACAGAGGAGGAGACGUAUAAAAUAAAAGCAGCGUUGUAUCGCCGAUGUUUAGAAUGUUCAGCGAGUAAUUUAGAUCGCAGGUUGAAAGUUCUCAGGGAAAUGCAACCAGAAGAGAGGCACGUAAGCAUAAGAAAUGCUCGGCCUGAUCGAUAUUCUUUCCUGGUGCUGACGAAGGAUCUCGAUAAUUGGAGAAAAUCUCAAUGAAAAUGUGACGAGGCGGCUGUUACUGAAAUUUCAAUGGAAACAAAAACAAUUCCACGUAACUGAGUCAUCGAUAUAAAAAUCAAUUCUCGGAACGUUCUUCGUAUCCUGAGUUUUUCCACCUUGGUCAUUUUUGGUGACGCCAGAAUGAGACGUUCCACGAGGAACGAACGUUGAUACCAACGGGAGAACCGAUAUUCUUGGUCCUAACGCUCUCUACUAUAUCAUUGCCUCGUUAUUUCUCACUGCUACUCUUUUCUACUUUUUUAUAUUUUACAUGGUUUACACGAUAGAACAGAUUUUGUACGUUGUAAUAUUUCUUAACGGUUACACAAGAGCGAUCGAGACUACGUAAACCGAAGAUAGUUACGAGAGACAUGGAACAUUCUGUUUCGACGACACGAUUUCUCAUAACGAAUUGUCGAGAUCCUUCGGGAUCCAGCUUUUCGCCGCCUCAUCGAACGAGAAAAGGAAGUGCGAUCUCCUGGCCAUCAUAUUAUACGCGUAGGUUCGUUCGUUCGUACGAAGACAAUCGUUUUACUUCGAAAAGUAAAAAGAAAAAAAGAAAAAAAGACAAAAAAGAAAACAAAAAAAAAAAGGUAUUCCAAACUUCAGGGUAACGGGUCAACGAUGGUCGAGUAUUAUCGAGAAAUUAAACAAAUAAUGAAAGAGAGAUAAUAAUUAAACAAAUAAUAAAGAUGAAGUCUAAAUAAACAUCGACAUCGCGAAGAGAAUACUGCUUGGUUUGCGGACCAUUAAAUACCAAAUACUAUACAACGAUCGCGUUACAAUAGUUAUUUAACAUAGAUUUGCAACGCUAGGGAGGAUAGCGACGGUUGAAGACGAUUUCUCCUUCAUCGGAAUAAAGUCUACUUCGACGAGGAAGCGUGAUCGAAAUCCAAACGCCGGAUUUCUUUACCGUUUUUGCGGUUGUCGGUUAGUAAAUUUGAUUGAGGACGUCAUUUGUAAGGAAUCACCUGUAGAUUCGCGUGCGUUUCUCUAGUGGUAACUCGAAGAUCGAUUAGCUUUUUCUUACUAGCACAUUUUUCCUAAUAACGAUCAAGGUAGAAACGAGAGAGAAAGAGAGAAACAGAGAGAGAGAGAGAGAGAAUGCGAGUUCGGUCUUAGAAAACUCGUCGCGCAAAUCGAUCCUGGAUACUGUUACAGACGUACGGUCUGGAGGGGGGUUUUAUUUUUUUUUCUUUUUAAGAAAAAGAACUUGACCUUUUACACGGCUGCAAAAGUUCCUCGAUCGCGAAAGAAGACCUCAAUUCGGUUUUUCGUUUCUUCUAUUUUCCUCCGUUCGAACCUAAGCGAAAGAAAGAAUUUCACUUUUCAUCGCCGCUUAUAAGAUUCUUGUACUUCUGACUGUUUCUAAAGGAUCGCAAAUCCGGUAUCGACGCUCUUGAAGAAGAAUUUUGAGUGUCUUAUUUUUAGACGUACAUCUCAGAAAGGUUGGGCAAAAAUUUCGGCGUAAAUGCGUAAGUCAGAGCGCGAAAGGAAGUAUUUAUGUAAAUAUAUGUGCAUGAAGGAAUUCCAAAGUACUUUGGAGGUGUUCCGCGUAAGUUUCGAUACACGCGUACACUCUAUUUUACUAUCAGUUACCAUAAGAUUUUCAGAGUCGCUUAAAGAUGUUUAAAGGACGGAAAUUAGCACAAAUAUUUUUACUAAUCUCUUAUCUUCGUUGUAUUUACUAUUAACGUUAUUACUAUUUUAUUUAUUUUUCGCUACAGUCUCGCUAUUUCGAUGUUUGCGAUAUUUGAUCUUAAUGCUACGUUAAAUUAUAUUUAUAAAGAUACGUAUUUCUAUGAACGUAUUUUCUUAUUUUAACAUGUACAACAUGUAAAAGUGGUUUACAAUUUUUGUCCAACUUUUUUGAAACGCCUCGCAGAGAGGAAUAAUUAUUUUUCGCGUAACGAUCUCAGUGAUUUUUAUUAGCUACGAAAAAUUUCACUCGAUCACUACACUAGUCUAUCAUCGCUUACGUAGCUUCCAUAGGCCGAAAUACAGAGCUCGAUUUUAUCGUGUUUCGAACAUAUCGGAAAAUCCUCGGAAUUCGCGUGCUAUCAAGGUUGCACUUUGCUCGUGAAGCAUCGCAUAAUCUCUUGUCACUUGCCACGAAGAAAAGAAAUACGCAGCAGGUGCAGAACGUUUCGGGUCUAAUUAUUUGCUCACGCGCGUACGUACACGCGGCAGACGUUUACUAUUCGCCUGCGAUUCCAUUACGACGGAUGCUCGUCGAAUUUUGAACGUCUCGCGUGCUACACGUGGAUACGUGUCACAGACAAAAACAAAGUGCAGAUUUUGUCAUGACGUUCGAUCAUAGAACGCGAAUCUGUGCUUCGAUGUACGAGCCCCGAGCGAUUAGAAUUAUGUCGAGCCGUUUACACUUAAAUAGCGAAUUCUGCUAUCUCGCGCGGUGCUUAAAAUUUGACUGAACAUUAACAUUGCGUCCAUGUGUAUCAAAUUUUAAGCAAACAAAGUAUCACAACGUAUGUAGAUAAUAUCGCGGAAGAAAUUAAACGAAAAAAAAAAAAAGUAAGAGAGAGAAAGAUAUGUAAUGGAAAAAUAUAUAAGCGUGGUCGAACGAGGAGAUGAAAAAUAAAAAAAAGAAAGAACAGUGCUCAAAUCUUAAAUGGCUAUGCGUCUCGGCGUGCAUCAAUUUUUAACAAGUCAUGCGUGCAGAACAUUAUACAUUCACACAUAUACACACACGUACGUACAUACAUACGCUAAAGACUGUAGAGAUUCUUGAAAAAAAACGACGGUAACUCCCACCUUCUGUAAACUGCACAAAAUAAUUUUUUUACGGAUGCAUUAAUAUUCGUGUAAAUGUGUUGUUAUUUACGACAGUGCCAGCGAAUCGCAAAACACGAGAAAGAGGAGGAAAAAGAAAAGAUACGUUCAUUCACUCUCGUCGUCGUUUUUUCGCAAGCGAUCGUGUACGUUUGCCUAUACCCGAUGAAUCUUUAUAUUCGUUACGCUUAACUCGUAUCAACGUUGUGUUACUCUACGACUGUUUUUUAAAAGAGAAAAGGUUCGUGUCAGGAGACUAAUUGCGAUAAAGUACACUAUAUACUGCCGGAAAAAAAAAGAGAGAGAAUCAUUAACCGAGGUAUAUCAUCAAUAAUUUUAGCCCAAGCGAUGACGCUCGAUUCGCAGAUGUUGUAUGGGACGAAUUAGAACAAUGGUACAAUAAAAGUGGUUUUUACUAGAAUUCCAUUACAAAUUUCUUAUUUGUGUUCCCGAAAUCUCUCGGAUAAUCGAUUAAAUCUCAACUGAAGCGUUUUUGAUUGAUAUUAUUUACCGAUAUUGCUUGCAGAUUCGAAUAUUUUCAUAUUACUCGAGAAAGCAUUUUUUAACGACUUUUUCAAAUGUCACUUACUAGCAUACGGUUCUUCUUCUUUCUUUUUUUUAUUGCGUACAUAUAAACAAUUUAAGACCUUUAAAGCGACAAACAGAAAAAGAAACUUAUAAAUAUUAGAAAGAGAAGGAAAAGAAGAAACAAUUUGACCAAUUUUUAAUAUCAACGCGUACGCUUUUGCUUCAGCAUCGAUUAGUUUCGUAAUUUUCCGUUUGCGUUUGAGCUUAUUUCUCUCGUAUUAUUUGUUUACGUGUGACAAAACGAAAACAAAAGGUUUGCUCGAAUCGAAGACGAGGCAACGGCAAUAAUAAUGAUUGGCGCACGUGUCGUGUCUGAUCGACUCUCUAGCUUGUUCGUUUGUUCAACUUCUUCGAUGCUUUUGGGCUGUGAUUUUACAACGCUAAUAACCCAAAAAGGUCGCAUUAUUUAUUCUCAAGUGAAACUGAAUCGACAAUCCAACUAAAUCAGAGAGAACUCUUAAGGACUUUAAAACGACGUUUUCUUAUUAGCCCUUUCUUCGACGUUUAGACAAGAGAAUUCUUCGGCAUCCUUUAACAUAAGCGCCAGUGAAUAGAUGUUUACCGCGAUAACGUGGAUCGUACAGUGUUCCGGGUAAACGUAAUAGUAUAUGGAUGAUCGUGAAAAAAUUUGUCGGAAUGUGAGAAAAAAGGGACGUUGGAAAAUAUAAAGGAAAAGAACGAGGGCCAGAGCAGAGAAGCAAAUAGCGUAACAGAUGCGCGAGCUUGGAUAUGAGAGAGAAGGAAAGAAAAUUAAAUCUGUCGUUCUUAGUGUUUUUUAUAUAUAUAUUAUAUAUGUUUACGUUUCAAUGUACACUACGAAUCGUAUUAAUGAUACGUAUAUGAUAAUAUAACAAUAAUAUAUAUUAUAUACAUAUAUAUAUUAUAUAUAUAUAUAUGAAUGAUAUAUCGUUAAAUGGGCUGUGGUAGAAACCUUUAUAUACUUUAUACACCAGACGAGUCGGAUCCUCUUGUUUCGUUUGUCUUUCGAGAGAAAUGAACAAUUACUGGCUAUAACGGAAGGAAAUACAAAGGAAAAAAACAAGAACGAAACGAACAAAAUGAUCGAAAAGUAUAGAUAGAGGCAAGACGUAUAUGUGCACACGAGAAAGAGAAAGAAAAAGAGAGAUACGGCAUCAUUUUACAAAGACGCUUCAGUCGUUUGAGUGCGUAGCCACUUGUCCUAUAUUCUGUCACACAACGAUUACCUUGCACAAAAUGUACCUAAUUAUACUUAAAUAGUAGGAUCCGUCUUAAUGAUUGUCAAUAAUAUUGUACCUACCGUACCCGUGGACACGGGCAAAUUAUGAUAUUAGACUUUAAGGCUGUAAGGCGUAACUACGAUUAGAUAGAAAACCCAGUCGCUAAACAAACUGUAUAACUGUGAUGCACCUGCUUCGAAGGAAACUCCUCGAAUUCUGUAACGAGUAUAAAUGCAGAAUGCUAGUUUUCGUACUUAGUAAAAAAUAUUGUUGCGAUGCCCAUUGUUUUAGGUCUUUCCUUUCUCCUCUCCUUCGAAACUGUAUUUCUUUUCUUUCGUACUAGUUUAAUUUCAAGAGACAGACGUUUCUAAUGGAAACUGUUUGACCAGUGACUACUUAUAGCAUUGCAAAUAUGUAACACAUAACCUCUCUGUGUAAUAUUGACAUUUAGAAGCUUUUUUUGCGAUGUUGUUACCUGAAAGAAUACUUAGAUAAUAAUAUACAUUAAUUCUAGAGAAUAUUAGCGUUAAUUGUACGCACGAUGUUUUCCAUGACGUUGAGAAGAAAACUUCCGACGAGUUUUCGUAUAAUAUCGUUUUAAGGAAUCGGGCAUUAAUCGUUUUGUUGUAUCGAUAGAUUCGUUGUUCUUCUGUUUUGAUUAGUCUAAAAAAACAUACUUGUUCUUUUCUUUUUAAUCGUUUUGCUGUUUUCGAUUCUUAAAAAAGAAAAAAAAAACACGAAAGUAAGCAUGCACAAUCGCAAAUCCCUUCUAAAUUACUUCUCGUCGUAAAGUAAACGUAUAUAUCAUCUUCGAAGCAGCGUGCACGAAUAAUCGUUCAUAUGAAUGUCAUAGCCUUAGUUUCGCUAGUUGAGAAGAAGAAAGAAUGUUUUAGAUCCUUGCUCAAUAAAUAAAAUAUUAAUUUCGAUGUCACAAAUUAUAUACCGAUAUUAAUUUUAAGUUAGAUUCCCAAAGCAAAACAACGUCGACCAUUUUUGCGAAACGAAUCGAAUUGAAUAUACGUACAGUUUAACAUGUAAGUACACGUGCAUAGUAAUAUGCCUAAUAUGAGCAACGGAUUUUCGUAUUCUCGUUAUCGAUAAUUAGAUGAAUGAAGUAGUUGUCCGGUCGACAUCUAUCAACGAAUCGUUUCUUUCCGAUUUUUAAUUUGCGUAAUUCAUUCGCGUCAGCAUUUUCGAGUAAACGUCGCGAAGUUUGUCUUGCGUGCGUGUCUAAAAUUGCAUUCUUAAACUCGCGCCGAUUUCCGUCGAUUUCCGCUCACUCUUUCAAGAAAUGACAAAAAGGAUUCGCCGGAGGGUUCCAAACGAAACAUUUGUCUCGCAAAGUUGGACACACACAGGACCAUGUUUUCGUAAAAGUAGAGAUAAGACCUGAGCUUAAUGUAUUCUCUCGUGAAACCAUGUAUAAAACUCCUGUUUGUACCUUACUAGUUUACUAUGACGCUAUUAUAGAUUACGUAUAGAGGAAUUGAAAGUGAAAGAAAAAAGCGGUCGAAUAAAUAAGAUGAAAACAAGAGAGCGCGCGAGAGAGAAAGAGCGAACGAGCGAGCGAAAGAACGAGAGACAAAACAGAUAAAGAGAUAGGAAUGUUUAGUGUCCAUUUGAAGAUCACGUUAAGUCCUUUAUUUUUCGCUACGAAGCGACGAAAAAUUAGUGUUAGUAUAAUUAGUAACAAAAAAUGCAUAUAAUUAUCGUGCUUUCGCUUCGAGAAUGUUUCAUAAUUCUGAUUAGAUUGUUUUGUGGCGCAUCAAAUAUAACGCCGUUUGGUGAAAGACUAUAUCAGCAAGGCUGGUGAUUAGACUCCGAUUAGUUUCCUUCUUUAUGUUAAACAUGUUAACGGUUUAGCAAAUGUGUUUUACUGAAAGUGUCCUUCCUAUGUAAAUUUACUUGUUUGUCCUCAUAAAUUAUAAAUAAAUAAUAUCUUUCGUGUUCACGUA